GCGCGGGACGAGGGAGCGCGUGCAGCUCAGUCGCUCGCGAGCCAGUGCCAGGAGAGGUCGCGCCGCGCGUUUUUCUCACUUCGAUCGGCAUCACAUGUAAAGUGCGAUGGACGUGCUACCGAGCGGCAACUUGUUCCGCGAACUCCAGGACGUGACGGACACCGGCUACUUCGAGUGGAAGCUGUCCCUGGAAGACUACUGGCAACAGACAUGUUACGAGAUGGAGAGAUAUCUCCGGGAGGAGCCCCGCAAGCGACGCGACCCUCCCCAGGAGGAGGAGUGGGCCCGUUCCACCUGCAGCCCACCCUCGCCACCAGCUUCCCCGCCGUCGCCACAACCCACCACGACCUUCACGUUCAUCACCGCCGUGAAGUGUGAGCCUCAGAGCGACUCCGAUGAACCGAGGGGUAUGUCUGCUACGCAAGAGACUCCGAGUCCAGUGCCAGUGCCGCACGUGGUGCCGAGGAAGGUCCACGUGGCUCGUCACCACCCACACCCGCACGCGACUGAUCCCCGCAGACGCGUGCAUCGCUGCGAGUUCCCCGCAUGCGAUAAAGUCUACACUAAGAGCUCGCAUCUCAAAGCGCAUAAGAGGACGCAUACUGGCGAGAAGCCGUACAAGUGCUCGUGGGAGGGGUGCGAGUGGCGGUUCGCGCGCUCGGACGAGCUCACGCGGCACUACCGCAAGCACACGGGCGCCAAGCCGUUCCGCUGCCGCCACUGCGAGCGCUGCUUCUCGCGCUCCGACCACCUGGCGCUGCACGCCAAGCGGCACGCGUAGCCCGCGGCGCCCGCGCCCGUCCGCGCCCCCGCUCGCAAGCGCAAGUAGAACGACCACGCGCUGUCUUUAUUUACAAGUAUAUUAGUGAUUCCGUUUAUAGGUUGUCGUGAGUUGUGAACACGGAAUUGAUUGUGAUGGGCGCUGCUCCAUACAGCGACAAGCCAAAGAAUGCCGCUACGUCGUAGUCAACACUCAUUGCACCUAAUGCUUUAAAGUUAUUUUUUUUUUGUUUUUAAGUUUAACGAGUUUUUUUAUUCGGGAAAAAUCUCUUGAUGUUUCGGCAAUUAUCGUUACGGUUCUUUGUUGCUAAGAUUUCGAUUUAUAGCCGUUGUGUAUUUUUAUGUGAGCUUCGUGUAUUUAGUCGCCGCCGCGUAGCGACGGUGCGAGUGUGCCAUGAGUGGGAGUCUCCCCACAUGCAUUUCAGUCGCGGUCAUAUUAUUUAUUGGGAAGUUCGGCUAAUGAUCCCACCGACGCCGAGCACGACCUUUAAUAUUUUAGGCUUAGUGCGUCGCGUUACCUGAUGUUAUGUCGGAGUCGCGAGUCAGUCGGCGUGUCUCUCGCAUGCCUCUAGCUCGAACCACUAGCUCAAAAUUGAUGAUUCAACUUGAACUAAUAAAGUGAAUGAAAUUACAAAACUAAAAAUCCCAAGUUCUGAAGCAGUGGUUCGCGUUGGAAGUAGGCUAAGGUAUCGACCGACUGGCUCGCCAUCUCUGCGCAGAUUCGUAUGUUUAUUUUGUUUAACUGUAUUUUAUUCAGUAGUUUAAGCUUUUUCUUUACUCUUUCAUUCCGAUAUUGUGCGGUUAACAGGCCUUUAUUUCGUUAGCUAUAAGAUUCUUUAAUGCGUGCACUAUUUGAUGUUUGGCAGGCCGUUACACACAUAGCGUGGUCGAUUUGCCUACAGGGAGGGUAACAUCUAUAGUACAUAUUUUUUUUGUAUUUUUGUAAAGUGCGGAUCGCUACGUGUGUAGAGGCUCCGUUGAUUCUGGCGGGAACAAUGGUCACUAAUGGCAGUAUUCGCGUGUUCAAUCAUGAUCUCAGUAACAUACAAGAACAGCACUAUAUAUGGUUUGCCAUUAUUUGCCAUCGUCGCUUGUCUAAACACAGUCGCAACUUUUCGUUGGCCAUCUUGAUAAGACCGGUUACAGACGGACGUGGCGACGGCUGCGUUUGGCGUCAUAACCGGCCAGCAUACUGAUUGUGCACGACUUUUGUGAUCACUUGGACAGCACGAGAGUGUGCACUCUCAAGAUGCUGGUUGCGUAAUGCCACUAACUUGUAACGGUAAUAAUUAAUCAAAGAUCCUGAUCAUCUUCCACUGAAUAUAAUUAGUAAUUUAAUAUCAUCAUAUUUAAUGUCCCAAUAAACGUCCCAAGUUUUAGUUUGUGUAAGCACAUGCUGUCGACGACACAUUCUGCAUCUUUGCAAAACCAUUUCCAAAUCUCUGCAGAAUCACUUCCAAAUGUGUGCAGAGUUACUUCUGCAAGUUGUGGCAGUUACGGGACAGCUAACAUAAUCUAGUUAACUUUUGUUACUAGAGCAUAAGUAUGAACAACGACUGUUUACAAUAAAUAAACUGCCAUUUUUUUAUUCUAAUGUACAGUGUCGUUGAGUCGUCAGUAACUGUGCAUCUUUUAUUGCAUACCUCCCGGGGCCAAUAAUAAUUUAGUCUUCCCAGUUUGAUAAGUUCUUGUUACAGUAUGAUGUGUUUUAUAUCUUUGCAGAGAUAUCACGCUCACUAAACGCUCUUUUAACAAUAACUAUUAUAAGACAAUACAAAUUUUAAUAUAGUCAAAUAUUUAACGUAAUUUUCGACUGACUAUAAUUGAAAAUAAAAGAAUGCAUUGACUGAUCUAGAAUUAAAUAACUGAUCUGCUUUGAGUUUUGUUGUAAAUUGGUUUGAACAAUCGUAGUUGUGAUAGUGUGAGAUCACGCUUAUGUGAACAAAUAGUGUAAGAUUAUUAAAAUGCCUUAUUUAACUUGUUUUAAACUUAAUUAAGAAGAAGUUGAAACAUUUGUCGCGUGUGAUAUCUCUGCAGUUUAGUCCCCACAUACGAAACAUGUCUGUAUUUGCACUUCCGCUCAUUAUUCGUUAAUAUUUCGUCGUCCCAUGUACCUACUUUUUAUAACAUUUAAAUUAUUAAACCACCACAUUUUAUCAAAUACAUUAUUUAAGUUAAGUAUCAUUUUAUUGUAUAUGUAUAUUAUUGUUGACAAAUAUUGAAUAUUUGUAAAUUUUAUUUUGAAAAUCUCAGUUGCUUUUAAAUCAAGUUUAUUUUUUGCGAUUUUUGUCGACUGUCAAAAUAGUUAUUAUUACAUAGAGAUUAUUAUUUUGUUUUGACAGUAGACAAUAAUAGAAUUACGUGUCAAUAGCAAUAUGACUAAAGAACAAGGGAAAGAUGUGUUUGUAUAAUGUAAAUAAACAAUUCGGUAUUUGCAAUACUGUAAAAAUUAUCUUUGUGCGUAAAUGCGAAAUCACAUUGCAUCGGAUGUUAACCAAAUUAUUGUUUAGUUUCAUCGUUGAGCAUACAUUGCUGGACCAUCCAUUUUAACUUUCCAACAAAGUUGAAAGUCAUUAGACACUUGAAUCGUUUUAUUAUUAUUUUAUUAAUUGCUAUUGGUCACACGUAAUGAACUCACACAGGCAUAUACAGGGGGUUUACACGCAUGCAUAGCUCACGCUUUCCGCGGGGUGCUCUUAUACAGGUUGAUGCAAAAAUACUAAACAUAUUUUAGCCAUCUUUGAAAAGCGUGGGUGCGUUUUCGAGACCUGUAUGAACCCCCAGCUAGCUUCAAAACUGGCUAGGCUCACUGUGUUGCAUCACACAAUAUAAGGGUUAGGCUAUAUACGUAAAAUCAUGUGUUAGCAGUACGAAUUUAGCUAUUAAAAGUCAUACAUAACUAAAAAUAAUAAAUAUCAUUCUGCAUUUUUUCUAGAUCAAUGUAUAUGUGUAACAACCGUGAAAACAUAGAUGUAAGAAACAAAAAAUAUAAAAAAAAAUAAUGUGAUUCAUAAAGUUAUUAUACCUUAAAUAUUGAAGUGAAACAUGAUAGAAAUAAAUGUUUAUAUGUAUGGUACGAAUACCGCUUCAUGAAUGGUCUAUGUGUACUAGGUAUAUGCACGACGGCUGGUAAAUGCAUAUGUAGUCUUGUAGAAUAUACUUAGAGUAAUUUGUAAUGUGUUACCCGCCGACCUAAAUCAUCAAGGUUAUUCAUUCCUGUUUCUCUUUGUACGAGGAUAAAGUUAUCAAAUAUUCCAGAUUGUUGCAUUUUUUAUAACGUAUGAAAAAACAUAGGCCUCUCCUAUUUUAUGUAAUACAUGAUUUUCUAAAGGAUUCUAUAGUUAUUAAAAUGUUUACACAAAGCGGGUAACAACAAAAAUUAUACUAAAGAUUCCAUAUGAAUGUCAAACUACGUCAUAUUGUAUUAGAGAACGUAAUAUAUAAACGAAAUAUACAUUUAUCUAAUAAUAUACUUACAUUAUACUAUAUAAAAUAGAUAAAUUUUCGUCAUUCAAGAUAAGCGGCUGUGUUAGAAUCAACUCUUUGUAUAAAAUUUUCGACUCCACCGAAUCGGGAAACGUAUACAAUAUAAUAAAAAAUAGUAUUUAAGAUGCAUUAAGGUGAAAAUAAUUAUUUAAGGCCGAUGUAUAAUGAUUUAGGAAUUUCUCUUAAGAUUCACAGGUAUACGCAAUAAAAUAAUUCCAAAUAACUUGCGGAUAUAUCAUGAAAUGUCAACAUAUAUUAUGUACUGUUUAAAUAAGUAUUUUUAUUUUUUAAGAAUGUCAUCAGCAUCAUAUCUUACCAAUAAGGUUUUAUUCAAACCUUUACUUGGUAAAUACUUAAGAUAAAAAAAACAACUGAAAACUAACGAGCUUUACAAACAAAGACGCACAAUUUUAUACUUAGUUACAAAUAACAAUUACCUUUACAUAAUUAAAAAUAUUUAUUUCGUUGCGUAUCCCUGUAUAUUUUAUUAAUUUUAUGCGCGGUAAUUCCUUAAAAAUCUUUUCUCUAUAAUCAAUAUGAGAUCAGACGAAUGCAAUAAAUAACAAAAAAGUUUGUAUGUGUUUGUGUAGGUUAGUUUUUAUCCGGGAGCGGGAAAUAGUUGCCUCUGCUGGCGGAACCUAGCCUAAAAUAAAUUUGGGUCAGUAUGCCAUUUAGUGUUCAAGGCCGCCAGGACCUAGUUUUGAGAUUUUCAAUAUCGUACCUAUAUUUCUCCUCGAAUAUAUGUCAGUAGGACAUCACAAAAAAGGCAACAAUAUCUCUUAUUAAAAUAACAAAACAAUCAGAAAAUCUUCCAAUACUUACAUCGUUCUUCCAAAAGGCAUACACCAUCCAAAAAAAGUCUCGCCAAACUCGUAUUAGCCCGCGGUUGUAAACACAGAUGGUACUUUAUAGAAGCUUUGUUUGUUUUCAUUCACAACUUUGUCUAGAUGUGUAUAGAGAAACGCGAGGACUGUACUAUUGAUUGCCCGGGAUACUCUGUAUGCGCGCGAAUUGCACCGGCACACGACCGCCGCCUACCGCAGCUUGUGCGAACUAAAGCCUCCCGCGUAUUUCGAACACAAAGCGUUCAUAUUUCAUCUUGCUAAUUGGGAUACGUAUUUGGCCUUGAAAAAAAAUAUUCUGAAAAAUAAUUGAUUGAUUUAAGGGGCGCAGUUGACAAAAAUGAUUAGGUAAAUAAAAAAGUAACACCCCGUCUUUUUUCAAAAUUACCGUGCAUAUUAAAUAAUAUAAUUAUUUUGCUAACAAGGUGCCUUAUUUUGAUCGCAUUAGUAUUCUAUUGUCGUUAUUUUGAAUACAAAUAAGUUAAUUUUACUCCGUUAGUACAUUCCAGUGGGUCUCGAUUCGGUAGGAUAUUUUGAAUAUCAUAUUGUAAGAAUAUUUUUUUGUAGACUUGUAAUCGGCUGCAGAAUGCAAUAUUUUAAUAUUUAAUCAAUUUUUUAAAUUUUAAUGUUGGUUAAUUUUCUACUUAUGUUAAUUAUCUUUUUAAAAUUUGACUUAAAAAUUGCUAAAUGUUUUAACAUAUUUCAUGGUUUAAAAUACAUUUACUUACAGCUAAAAAUAGUGUCGCCAUAAGCUUUUUGUUUGCAGAAUGAAAUUUCAACAAUUAUUAGAUAAUAUUAGCUUUUUUAACAUUUUAAAUACUGUAACAUUUAUAUUAAAAUAUAAGUAAGCAUUUUAUAGAAUUAUAAACUUCAUAAUGGUUGUCUGUAUUUCAAUAAUAUAAUACUGAAUAGGUAGGAUAUUCAAAGGUUGUACUAGAGAAUGAAAUUCAAAAUUAGGCUAAAUACCUAAAACAACGAUUUAGGAGACAAAGUGAAAAGCUUAUGGUGAAACUAGAUUUGAAAAUAUACAUAUAUUAGUAGUGACCUCUGACAUACCUUGAACAUGAACAAAGAAUAUGAUUUCUGAGUCGGUUACAAGCUGUUGACAGAUCAUUUCUGUCACUAAUCAUUUCGGUGACGUGUCUACUGUAAACGUCAUUAAAUUGCCAAAUUACGUCACUGUUCUGAUAAGGAAGCUGCGCCUUUUUUGUAAAACUUUGUGACUAUCCAGGAUAAAUAUUUGUGAUAUUGGGUCUACCCCAGCCAGAACAAUAUUGUGGGCUCAAAGUGUGAGUCGAUAAUUAAGAAAAAACACUGAUUAAUUAAUAAAUGAAUGGUUGAGUAUGAGCAAAGAUUACAUCAGAUAAUGUUACCUUUUUAGCUUAUAAAUUUAUUAGCUUUAAAUACAUUUUUGAACAAUUUGUUCUUUAGUUAUAGUUUGCUAAAAUGUUUGUGAGCUUGGGCUGUGUGCACAGCAGUGGCUAGACGCUAGAGACAGUACAGACUGCCUGUGCCUGCAGGCCCGAGGUCUCAUCACCAGUGUGCAAGUGACUGUGAGAACCUUUUUGUAUUACUCUAAAUAAUAAUUAAAAUUGUUUGAGUAUUGGAUACUUGUCCAAAUUUGUUUCACAAGCUUAGGCGUGUAUUAUAUUAUAAUUAUUAUCUUUAAAGUAAGUUGUUAUGAUUAAGUGCAAAAUUUUAAAUUUAAAAGAAAUUUAUAUAUUGUUAAUUUUAGUGUGGAACAGAAUACUUGUGAAAUAUUGUACGCUGGAUAGUCAUUGAUGAAUUCUGCAAUUUAAAAUUAAUUCAAUUAUAAUAAAAAAGGCGAAGCUUUUUGAAAUAAUAUAUGUUAUCUUCUAGUUUAUAUCUGUACCGGCGUUUAUAUUUCCAAUGAGCCGAGACUUGUAUAUAAACACUUAAUAUAGUUACUAAUACUACAUAUUUACAAAAACAUGUAAUAAUAAUAAUAAUUGUGCAUGUAAACAGUUAUUUAUUAUUAUUAUUUUGUUCUCGUUUCCUUUCUGAUGUAUGUAUGGUAGGUCUCCGUGCGAGAGACAGGUGAAGUAGCAUACACAUUUUAUAUUAUUAAAUUUUUCUUAUAUGUGGAAA